AUGGUCCGAAAUAUUGAGCAGAUCUUUGGUUUGGUGCAUCAGUUUUUUGAAGAAGCCGACAUACCCAUCACAGAGGUCCAAUCAUGGGGACAUCUCGUGAUUAUUAUUCUCGAAAAUGAUACGGGAGAUCUAAUGACUAAAGUUCCCCGCUCAGUCGCUGGCUGUAAUUGCUUUUACCUUUUUGAGGACAUGAUGGAUAGGCCCGCAAAUUUAUCAGCGGAACGAAUACGGGAACCGGCUUCUACUCAACCAGAUGAUUCAGCCUAUGAAAUUAUACGACCAGGUGUGAUGUUGAGCUCAGUACCUCAUCCUGAACAAGGAUGGAGGUUACAAACUUCUGCUGGUGUACUGAUCAAGGACCAUCUUGGUUAUGAGUAUAUGACCGCUGCUGCCCAUGGAUUCCCUGGCUUGCUCAUGAGCCCUUAUGUCUAUUGCGCCAAUUCGAGUACAAUAAUCGGUGAGAUGAUAAUUGAGAUUAACUCUACAGAUAUUGCACUGGUGAAGUUGAAGCCCGGUGUUCAAUUCCAAAACGAGCCCUUCGAAAAUACCGUUGUCCCAGGCGCACUAUUCAAGUUGGAAGGACUCUCAACCACAGAGACAACGAUUGGAGAUUCCAUUUUUAUGGAUACUUCAUUUACUGGCUAUGUUGAAGGCACCAGAGGUGCUCAGUCAAAAUUCAGAGUCCCAAGCGACUCCAACAACCCGAAACAGAUUUGGAUACAAUGUGCAUGGGAUUACAUCGGCCAAAAUUCAUCGACAAUUCUCCCUGACGGUAUUUGUGGCUCUGCUAUCUGGGAUAAUAGCCAUGAUGUUGUUGGUUUUUUCGGUAUGCUCCUAAACAGGGAGCCUUUGUCGAUUGGUCAAUGA